GUAAGCAGUGAUACCAAAAGAUGGCGGUGUCCAUAGGAAGGUGCCUGGCUGCUGAUGCUUGUUUAUUAAUAUUAACGUUAACAUUUCACCACAGUAAUGCCGAUAAUAUCGUUGCCGGUGCAUCGACUGAAGAAGCCCCACACCGUCGAUUUGAAUACAAGUACAGUUUCAAGGGACCGCACCUGUCUCAAACCGACGGGAUUAUUCCUUUUUGGAUACACAGUGGAAAUGCCAUCCCCAGUGCAGACCAGGUCCGUAUCACCCCCUCUCUCAGGAGUCAGAAGGGCUCAGUCUGGACCAAAAACACGGUCAACUUUGACCACUGGGAGGCUGAGGUGACCUUUCGUGUGUCUGGACGGGGGAGGAUGGGAGCCGACGGCCUCGCGAUAUGGUUCACCACUGCACAAGGCCUAGAUGGUCCUGUCUAUGGAGCUGCUGACAACUGGAACGGCAUCGGCAUCUUCUUUGAUUCCUUUGACAAUGAUGGGAAGAAAAAUAACCCUGCUGUGCUGGUGGUGGGAAACAAUGGCAAACUUGUUUAUGAUCACCCAAACGAUGGCACGACUCAAGCCCUGGGAACAUGCUUAAGAGACUUUCGUAACAAACCCUAUCCUGUCAGAGCCAAAAUAACAUACUACAAGAAGACACUAACGGUGCUGAUCAACAAUGGUUUCACGCCAGAUAAGGAUGACUAUGAGUUCUGUACCAAGGUGGACAACAUGGUCAUUCCUCAGGAGGGCUACUUUGGCAUCUCAGCUGCCACGGGUGGUCUAGCAGAUGACCAUGAUGUCCUGUCCUUCUUGACGUUCAGACUAACAGAACCUGGCCAAGAACUGUCUGCACCUGAAGCAGAGAUGCCCAAGGAGGAGCAGGACAAGUACCAGGAGGAAUUUGAGAACUUUCAGCAGGAGCUGGACAAAAAGAAAGAGGACUAUCAGAAGGAGCAUCCGGAAGUCCAGAGAGAACCCAUCGAGGACAUGUACGAGAGUGUCAACGACAGAGAGAUCCGCCAGGUGUUUGAGGGUCAGAACCAGAUCCACCUGGAGAUCAAACAGCUUCACCGUCAGCUGGCCAUGAUCCUCGACGAACAGAACCGCUAUGUUUCUGUGGUUACAGACGAGAUAUCCAAACGCCAAGUGGAGUUGGUGGGACAGGCUCCUAGUCAAGAAAUGGGUGCAGUGGUCGCAACACAACAGGAGAUACUGAGAAACCUGAACGAGUUGAGAAACUCUUUCCAUGAGUCUCUGAAGCAGAUCGGCGCCACUCAGCACCAAGCCAACCCAGUGAGCAUGGGGACAUAUGAGACGGUGCAACACUUCAGCGAAAUCCAGGAACAUCUACACGUGGUCAAGAGGAACAUCGAACACCUUAUCACACGCAAUGGGAGCCCCAGUGAAAAUCAGGGAGAGAAAUGCCCUGACCCUCCUAAAAUGCCUUCCUGUCUGGGUACUAUUCACUUCUUGGUCUUUGUGGUCAUCCAAUCAGUCCUGUUCUUCAGCUACAUCGUGUACAAAAGUCAACAAGAAGCAGCAGCAAAGAAAUUCUUUUGAGGAAACAUUAUCAUUGAUAUCAUGAUAUGUAAAUGAGGGACUGUUAAUUUAGCUGUUUUAUGUUUUUGAAUUUGUAAAUUAUUGUACUUAAAUGAGAUUUUGUUUGAGAAGUUUCUUUUUAAAUGUCUUAGUUUUAAUUUGAUCUGAUAUUUUUAAUGUGGUAUGUGAAUGAAUGCAGGAGUGGGAAAUGUUAAGAUUCCAAAUAUGGCAAAAUACUGUACAGAAUAUAUUACAAGUCAUUGGAUGAUAUUUCUAUUUUUUGACAAGUGCCCACCCCCAGAAGACAAACAAACCACUGUCUGCCAAUUCACAUAGUUUGGAAAACUGUGAAUUUAAUAAAUGCGCAAUUUUGUAUUAAUGCUGAACUAUGUUGAAUUAAACCCAGUGGGUGUCUUGAGUGGUUGUAACAUGCCAAAAGUCUGACUUUGUCUUUCUUCUCGAGCAUUUUACAUAAGCUGCAAAAUUACAGUUUACUUUUUUUUUUUCUCUCUUUCUUGUUCCUGAAUGUUAUCUUGUUUACAUAUUGGUGCUCUUCUAUUAAAAAGUAGCCGAAUAGUACAA